AUGAGCACACCGGCGGCGGUCCAGAGUUCACUGAUGAAUCAUUUCCAGGUUUUGGCACCGACGACCUCCCACUGGACUUCCUGGCAGCCUCACAAUGCUUGGGACCCACAUGAGGGCGGUGGCGGUGGCGGUGGCGGCGGCGGCGCGCUGGCAGCUCAUUGGACGGCAGACGAGUCUACGUGCAGGACUGAGGACGCCCGGCUGCUUGCGUGGUGCAGAGGCCGCCCGAUGGAGGAGCGCCUCCCGCCCGGCCCCCCUGCUGACAGCCGCCCCCGCCCGCUGCCUUGUGGACGAGCCAAUCAGCAUCAAGGCGGGCUUCCUGCCGCCGCAUCGCCCGGUCACGCUGCGUGCGCGCAUGCGCAGUCAGGACGGCGACCUGUGGCAGGCAUCUGGCCACUACACCUCAAGUGCAGAUGGCACCGUCAACUGUGA